AAAAAAUCUAGAGCACAAGCGGCCGUCACGUCGAGUCCUUGCGUGCCGUGGUUCUCCGAAACGAAAGAAGAAAAAAAAAUCAAUCACCGCACUCGUCAGUUCCCAAAUGUAGGACGAUGAAUUUUCGGACAACCGGCCACCUGGCAGACUCAACCUGAUCGGCUUCAGUUUCUCUUCAAGCUGUCCUCUCGGCUACCUACCUUCCUGCAUCGCAAUCGGAUAUAGGAAUCUCUUUUCCUGUGUGUCCUUUUUUUUUUUUUGUUAUUGUUGGUGCUGGAUCUACGUGGUGUCUGCCGUAUCUUUUCGAUCACUGGAACAUCGUCUAUCAGUGCGUAAGUGGCAGAGCAUUUCCGUCCCAUCUAUAGUUGUAAAACGCGCCCUGGUGCAGUACUUACAACAUCAAUUUGUGAUAUCGAGUGUAGUGUGGAAGAGCGAGUGAGUAAGAGAGCAUGAUUAAGUUCCGCAUCUCGUUGCGGCAGGUGUACGCGCUCACGGCCUAUUUCGUACUGCUGGUGUACCUCCUGUGGCCGGGUCGGUUUGCCAGCCGGUAUGAGUACAUAGAAGGCGACGAGAUCUACGAGCACCUGGUACGGAAGACGACAAAGAAUGUGAGUCUGAUGCGGAAUGGGAUCCGGUGUGAUUACAGUGAUGUGCUUGAAGAAAAUGUGUACCUUUACCGGAGGCCUUUCACCGAAGAGAUUAUCAACAAUAACGUUAGGCUGGGUGGCGAAUGGUACCCGGAGGAUUGUCUUCCCAGUUUCAGUACGGCAAUAAUUAUCCCGUACCGGCAACGCGAGAGCCAGCUCAACCAGUUCCUGAUCUACAUGCACAAUUAUUUGCGACGGCAGAGGAUUCACUAUAGGAUAUUCGUGAUCGACCAGUACGAUCCGAAGCCCUUCAACAGGGCCAAGCUGUUCAACAUCGGUGCGUUGAUAGCGAUGAAGCUGGACUAUCCGUGUCUGGUGCUGCACGAUGUAGAUCUGAUGCCAAUGCAGUUGGGCCAUCUGUAUGCGUGUUCCCAACAGCCGAGGCACAUGUGUUCCAGCUUGGAUGCAUUCCGGUACAAUCUCCCGUAUCGGGGACUGUUUGGCGGUGUGGUUGGGAUUCAAUCGCAUCAGUUUAUGAAGGUAAAUGGGAUGUCCAACAUGUUCAGCGGAUGGGGCGGAGAGGACGACGAUUUCUUCGCGAGGCUGAAGAACAAGGAAAUCGACAUUUGCCGAUUCAGUCCGGAGUACAGUCGAUAUACGAUGCUGAAGCAUCGUAAGGAGGAACCGAACAAGGACCGGAUUGCGUUUCUGAGGAACGGACACUUGCGGUACCAUUCGGACGGGUUGAACUCGCUGGUGUACAAAGAGGUGGGCUUUAAGCUGCACAAUUUGUUCACUCACGUUCUGGUGGAGACGUAAGCGGGGGCGGGAGGUUUGCGAUUGCGAAGAAGAUAUUGAGGUCCAUUGAGGUCCCAGCUGGGGUAGUGUUUCAGGUAGAAUUGUA